AUGAGUUCCGGCUCCGUCUCCUGCCCUCCUGCUGUUCCCAAAGACUUGGCUAAGAAGAAGAGGACAAACCGGCUGGCCAAAUUGAAGCAGAGUAAGCUCGAUGUUCGCCGUGAACAAUGGCUUUCACAUGUCAAGAAUAAAGGGCAGAAGGUGAACUUGGAUGGAAGGGGUGGGUCACAUACACCCUCUAGGCAAAUAGAUAAUGUGCAAAAUGGAUCAUUGGACAAUUUGGAAACGGGUUCAACAGGAGGAGAGAAUGAUAAUACGAGCAUCCAUGACAGCGAUUUGGAGUCUCUGAUGAACAGCCUGAGUGGAAGAAGUUUGGAUUGUAAUGAUUCAAUGAAGAAUCUUAGUGAGAGCUGCAGUAGUGGUUGCUCUGGAAAUGACAGCAAGGAGGAUGCUGAUGAUGGGUGUCUAGAUGACUGGGAGGCUGUGGCAGAUGCUUUAAAUGCAGAUGACAAUAAGCAUAACCCUAUUAUUGAUUUUCCUGCCAAAGCUGAAAUCAGAGUUGAACCAACAAGUCCCGAACUAUCUAGGGAGAAUCCUGGAGAUGAAUCAUCAAAACCAGAGAACAGAAACAUGGUUCCUGGGUCACAUACGACGCGUUGCGCUUGGAGACCUGAUGAUGCUUCUCGUCCUCAGAGCUUGCCCAAUGUGCCAAAGCAGCAUAGUUUCCUGGUGCAAUCAGACUGGCAUUGCGGCCAUGGAGCCAUUGCAUGGGCAUGGCAAAGCAUUGUGCCCCAGCCUUCUUCAUGUCCUAUAUGCUAUGAGGAUUUAGAUGUCACAGACUCGAGCUUUCUUCCGUGUUCAUGUGGUUUUCGGCUCUGCCUCUUUUGCCACAAGAGGAUUCUAGAGGCAGAUGGGCGAUGUCCAGGCUGCAGGAAGCAGUAUGAUCGUGUAAAUGGGGUUAUAGGCUUUAAUGGAGGAGCUACAACUUUUAGAGUAGCUUGA